AUGGCUGACCGCGUGCCUGACUUACCGAGCUUGCUCGAGCAGUUACGCUUGAGCAAAACCUCCGAAGACGACAGCGCCCAUACCGAACAUGACCAUGUAGAUUUCAUCCUGAAAACGUACACUGUUACAGAAGUACUAUCAGAGUUGUGCAAAGAAAUAGAAAAGGAUGUCGUUCCAAACAAGGGUUUACUCCUUGAAAAAUCUCUACAGAUAUUCCAGCGAAGCCCUACAAGCUGGUUAGUACCGGUUGACACUGACUCUGAGACAUUGUCCAAUCAGUACGCUGCUUUCAUUACCAGCCUUCUCUCCGCCAUUCGAAUCCCAGAUCAAAGGCCAAGUGAAGAAGAAAUAGUACACGAUGAAGACUUUACAAACGUUAAGGAAGUAGCACCAAAGGUUCUUGAAGUAAUUUCUGGGCUCUUGAAGGCGUUAGAUAGAAACGAAGACACUGAGGACUCACAGAGACUUCAAGAAAUAAAGGGGAAGGUGUUUAAGAAAGUUGCAGCAUGUAUUGCAUGUGGUUGUAUUGCAUUUCUUUGUGCAAAGCAGCCAUGGAGCAACAAGUGUUGUGCAUCUUGUGCACAGGUCACUCUCUCCCCACUCAUGCAAUGUUGCAACUUCGAAAACGAGUCUGAAAUGCUCUGCGGAACUGAGGAAAAAGUUGGCAUCUUUGGUUCAAUUUUAACCUUGCUGAAGCCAAGUCUGGGAAGAGACACUUGGAAGAAGAAUCUAUCCACUAGACGAGUUUUCUAUUGGAGUUUGGUUCGGGUAGCACGUCCGUAUUUGUCUGAUUUUGUCGGUACCAUCCUUCCGCCUGUUCUCUUGUUCUUGGACGAUCACCAGCUUGAAAACAGACUACUGGGGGUUGACUGUCUACAGCAUGUGCUGAAGAACACCCCCGCCGCGGAGCUACAAUGGUACAACCGCGCCGCCGUCAUCUACGACGCUCUUCACGCGACGCUGUACUCACAGGAGCCACGAUUGGUCGAAAAAGUUGUGCCGUGUUUGCUCGACGUUUGUGCGAUCUUGGAGAAGCGGCCAACCGAAGAAGGCGUUCCACGAAAAGCGAGUCAAUUGGACGCCUUGCUCCGCCAUAUUCUCACUAACAUGCAGCACGAAGGGAAACUGGCGAUGAGACGCGCGUACUGCAAGCAUCUACACCUUAUCGUACAACACCUUGGCAUUCGCUGCGUAUGCCACCUGAACCGACUUCUACGCGUAAUAUACGAGUACCUGGAGGUUUACGACGGACCCGUAGAAUCUGCACGGAAAGAUGCUCUCACAGCGACAAAGACAAUGAUCGUCCAAGCAUGGCCGCGUAUGCCUCAUCACGCACAACCGCUAGCGAAAGCGCUACUCAAACUUGUCAUCGAUAUCUCAAUGGACGAGAGCGGGACAUCGGAAAACGUACGCGAAGAAAUCUGUGCGUCGGCCACAGAGUGUCUAGUACUGUUAAACAGAUGUAAUGAAGGAAUGCUAACAGAAGACAUCAAGCUUGUUGGAGAUGAAAUAGACAUCAGUGCAGUAAAGAAGUGCGUGGAAACUGUUUUGAAAGACACGGAAAGCUCAUAACAAACUUCUUCUAAUUUUCUCAUCGUGUUCUAACAUAUGUUAGCUUAGAAGUGAGUUAGAAUCCUUCCCGCAUCU